AUGGACUGGAACGUAACGACAAGCGACACGGUCGAUCUGCUGAUGACCGUUGGUACAGCGGCCCUUACGACGAUGGCCCCAAGUACGGCGGUACCACUAACCAGCAGCAACUCACCUCCGGCUACGGACACCAGCAGUAUGACGGUGUCCGCGAGUGAUAUUACAAUCGCAUCGUCCGCGCAUUACCACGGAGCCAUUCCGUUCCCUUCCGAGUUGCUGACGUUCCUGCGGCACACCACGACCAUCGCGUCGUCCUCGUCGGCUUCUUCCAUGCCCACGCUGACGGUUACAAACUUCUCAACGUUUCUCAGUAACAUCACACUACGUGCACUGACGGCAACCGGGGCAGGUGGUGCGGUUGGUGGCACAAAUGCGGCCGAAUUUCCCGCCAACCUGUCGCGACGCUUCCCACCGCAUCCGUUCUUCAGUUCCUUCUUUAAUGAUUCCGCGUUCGAUAUCUGCCCCUCGAUCCAGAUGCCGGUUGGGAACGUGAUCUCGAUGAUACUGUAUGCGCUGGUUGCGAUCGUCGGUCUGUUCGGCAACACGCUGGUCAUCUACGUAGUGCUGCGCUUCUCGAAGAUGCAAACUGUCACGAACAUGUACAUCCUCAACCUGGCCAUCGCCGACCAGUGCUUCCUGAUUGGGAUUCCGUUUCUCAUCACCACGAUGCACCUGGGCGAGUGGACGUUCGGGAACGCGAUGUGCAAGGCGUACAUGGUGUCGACCUCGAUCACCCAGUUCACCUCGUCGAUCUUUCUGUUCAUCAUGUCCGCCGAUCGGUACAUUGCCGUGUGUCAUCCGAUCUCGUCGCCUCGCUUCCGGACACCGUUUGUCUCGAAGGUCGUGUCGGCCAUUGCGUGGACCGCUUCGGCUCUUAUCAUGCUGCCGGUGAUGCUGUACGCGAACACGAUCCACCGCGAGAAGGAUAAAAUGUCCUGCAACAUCAUGUGGCCGUCGGAAACGGGCGCCAACUCGGGGUCUACCUUCACGCUGUACUCACUUAUCCUGGGCUUCGCCAUACCGCUCACGUUGAUACUGAUGUUCUACUAUCUGGUCAUCCGGAAGUUGCGCACCGUCGGGCCAAAGUCAAAGUCGAAGGAGAAGAAACGCUCGCAUCGCAAAGUGACGAAGCUCGUGCUCACGGUGAUCACCGUGUACGUGCUGUGCUGGUUGCCGUACUGGAUCUCGCAGGUGGCGCUUAUCAACUCGCCACCCGACAUCUGCAAAUCUCGGCUCGAGAUCACCGUGUUCGUGCUGGUGAGCUGGCUCGGGUACAGCAAUUCCGCCAUGAACCCAAUCCUGUACGCUUUCCUCAGUGACAACUUUAAGAAGAGCUUCCUGAAGGCGUGCACCUGCGCCAAGGGUAAGGAAAUCAACGCCCAGCUCCAGAUCGAGAACAGCUUCUUCCCUCGGUUCGUGCGCAACCGUGGAUCCGAGCGGGGCAACUCCACAAAGGUGCUGCAGGGCAACAAUCGCCCCAACCGGGGCGGACCGGACGCUCACGGGCAGCUACAGCAGCAGCAGCAGCAUCAGCAACAGGCCCAUCAACAUCAGCUUCAGCUGCAGCAGGCUAACGAUGCCGUCACAAACAACAAUGAUGUUUGCAGCGUGAACAACAACAGCCCCCAAGGAAACGCGGCCAACGGGAAAAACAACGGACACGCGAGUGUCCCGAGCUCCCUGUACGGGGGUAUGAGCUCGGAUCAAAGCUCCAUCGUGCGUGGAAGCGGCCCGUCAACGAGCGUAACGACCAUCCAGUCGUCGUGCACUCGUCCAACCUCCGAUCCGCCGCAGGCAACCGCACCGACAGUGCCCACAUCGAACAGGACGCAGGACCCCAACGGUGACACUGUUUGUCGGCCGCCCGUACUCCACACGGACCUGUAA